AUGUCAAGACUAGAUCCUUUAAUAGUAUCUGGUGUUAUAGGAGAUGUAUUGGAUCCAUUUACAAGGUCUAUAGACUUUAAUGUUGUUUACAAUAAUAGGAUGCAAGUCUACAAUGGCUGUGGUUUGAGGCCUUCACAAAUUGUCCACCAACCUAGGGUUGACGUGGGAGGAGAUGAUCUUCGCACUUUUUACACUCUGGUUAUGGUGGAUCCAGAUGCUCCAACCCCGAGCAAUCCAAACCAGAGGGAGUAUCUCCACUGGCUGGUCACAAAUAUCCCAGCAACCACAGGAGCACACUUCGGGAAUGAAAUUAUACAAUACGAGAGUCCACGACCUUCAUUGGGAAUUCAUCGCUAUAUUUUUGUGCUGUUUCGACAAUUGACUCGAGAUGUUGUGAAUGCUCCUGAUAUAAUUGAUUCUCGUGAGAAUUUUAACACAAGAGACUUUGCAAGGUUUUACGAUCUCAAUUCGCCUGUUGCUGCUAUGUACUUCAAUAGCAAUAGGGAAAGUGGUACUGGUGGCCGUCACAUAUAA